ACUUACACUAUUAUUGGCUGUUAACAUGACUGGUACAGAUAAAUUGAAACCUUUAAUAAUUGGAAAAUCGAAAAACCCGAGGUGUUUUGCUGGUGUCAAAUCUUUUCCUGUUGACUACACAGCAAAUAAGAAAGCAUGGAUGACUAGUGAAUUGUUUGCUGAAUGGCUAUUACGAAUAGACAAACAGAUGAAAAUACAAAAACGUAAAAUUUUAUUGUUUAUAGACAAUUGCCCGGCUCACAAUAUUAUACCGAAUUGUCAAGUUAUAAAAGUAAAAUUUUUACCGCCAAAUACCACAUCAAAAUCGCAACCUUUGGACCAAGGAAUUAUUAAAACGUUCAAGACGCUUUAUAGAAAAGAAAUAGUGAGGAAAUUAUAAGUGAUAUGGAUGACG